UUAUCCACAGAAACUACUGGAGCUGCCGGAACAUCAGAAGCGUGCAGGAGGUUUACUCAACAAUAAUUUGGCGCUGCAGAUGAAAAAUGCUACUUUUUCUUGGGAAAUUUACAAUAUUGAUUUCAAAGGACAAGGAAAAUCUGGCGGAAGUCCAUCUAAAGAUAUGAAGGAAAAAAAGAAGCCCGAUGUGAAGAAGAAUGGUGCAGUCAAUGGAACAGGACUUCAUACUAAUGGCCUUGUCACCAGCGGCCAUGUUAAUGGUACUACAAACAGCCCAGCAAAGGAACGCAACACAGAUCUGGUAAAGAGUGUGGAAACCCUCUUCAACAUCAACCUCUCUGUUGAACGUGGCAAGCUUAUUGGUGUCUGUGGCAGCAUAGGUUCUGGGAAGAGUUCUCUUAUAUCUGCAAUCUGUGGUGAUAUGAAAACACAAGGUGGGAGUGUGCAAGUGAAUGGACAGCUGGCCUUGGUGACCCAGCAGGCCUGGAUCUACAACGACACUUUCCUUGAGAAUAUCCUGGUGGGCCAGAUGUUUGAUCCAGAGAAAUACAAGAAGACCCUCUAUGUUUGCUCUCUAGAAUCUGAUAUAGAACUCCUGGCUAAUGGAGAAAUGACCGAGAUUGGAGAGAGGGGCAUUAAUCUCAGGUGAGUUUGAAAUAAUAUUAAAUUUCUCCUUUAA